AUGACGACUAACGGCGACUCCAGUCGAGCCUCGGGCAAUUUGGUCGAGGCGUCGGGCUACAAGUUUACAGAAAAGGAUACCAAACCCGGCAAGAUGAAGGUGAAGAAGACAUCUAAGGGCUCGACGAAGAAGAAGGCAGAUGAUAGCAAGGAUGGUCCCCUCGAUACCUCGCCUACUUCCUCACCACUGCCCAAAUUGGACGAUAAGAUCGCCGCCUCUUUCCCGACGGGUAAACCGCGUGAGCAGGACUUGCUGGAAACGGUUAUAUGCAAACAUUGCAAGCGCCCCGCGCUCAAGUCCAGUGCGCCGGAGCACAUUCGUGGCUGUCUGAAAGCGAAGCAGGAGAAAGCGCGCAAGAAGAAGGAGGCGCGCGACGCGGCGAAUCGAGCCAAGGCCGGUGAUGUGGGCGAUAUCGACGAAAAAGAUGGGCCAGAAGAUUCGAUGAAAGGCCAGAAGAGUGCGAAGAAGAGUGCUGUCAAGGGCACCGAAGAUGGGACGAAGAAGGGAAAGAAGCGCAAGGCGGACGAAGAUGAUACCAAGCCCAAGAAGAAGAAGAAGGAUGAGCCCAAGGCGAAGGCGGCUAAGCCUAAGGGGCCUGUCGAUGUCGAGAAGCAGUGUGGUGUCACAUUGCCCAAUGGUGCUCAAUGCGCGCGCUCGUUGACAUGUAAGAGUCACUCGAUGGGCGCGAAGCGUGCAGUGCCGGGUCGGUCUUUACCAUAUGAUAUGCUACUACAGCAAUAUCAGAAAAAGAACCAGGCUCGACAGCAGAAGGCUGCUAUCGACGCCAAUGCUCCGCUGCAAGAAGAUUUGGAAACAAGCGGGCCCGUUGAUUCAGACGAAGAACGAGAUUCCGUCAUGGCGGCCAUUGCCCGAUCCGCGCCCAAACCCAUCGCUGAACAUACCCUCAUCACCUCUAAGACCAAGUAUAGAUACGUCCGGAUCAAAGAGCAGAUGCAGCAUGCCAUCGGUGGUCGAGGUGGCGGCUCUCUCUUCUCUACCGACGACAGCCAGCCAUCCUCUCUGUUCGGCGGCGGAAAUCUGUUUUCGCCAUUCGAUAGUGUUGUCGAUACCACCUCAUCCCCCGUCAUUGGGUCCAUGGACCCAAAUGAUCAAACUUCACAGGCUGCUCGCAAAACCCCAGUGGCGGCGGCUUAA